AUGGAAUAUUUAUUCCUUUCUUUCCUGUUUCUCUGUACCCUGACUUCAACACAAUCCGUAAAUAAUGAUAAUCUAAACUCAUCCCCAAAUAUUGCACCAAGCAUGCAACCCGCAACUUCUUCUUCAAAACAAAACGCAAAUUCACCAAAUAGUCAUUCUUCCUACCCUCCUGGAUAUGAAAAUGAUGAUGCACCAUUACAAUCACAAUCACAAUUUCCUUCUUUCCCUGUUCAUUCAAUUUCUGGCCUCCCAUCUUCUCUUAUUUCCACCAAUACACGAAAAGACGAAGGAGCAAAUAGUGAUACUGAUACUAUUAUCAAAAAUAUAUGCGACAAUACUGACUACCCUGAUCUUUGCACCGCAACCGUGGCCCCAUUUAUGCGUGGAACUAUUAUCAAUGUACAAAAUGUUCUUCAAGUGGCUAUGAAACAGAGCGAUGCGUUUGCCAAAUUGGGAUUUGCAACUUUUAAAAGAGCUUCAGAAUCCCCUGCUACUCCACCUAAAACUAAGAAAAUGCUUAAAACUUGCCUAGAUAGUUGGGAUACUGUGUUGUACAAUUAUGAGGAAGCUAUUGAGGCUCUACGUAUUCAUGAUAGUGGACGUAUGAGCACCAUGCUCAGUGCUGCAAUUACUGAUAUUUCUGAUUGUGAAGAUGCAUUUGAAGGUGUCAUUACUCCUAUGUCUGGGUAUAGUGAAAGGAUGACUAAAAUGACCAGCAAUUGCCUAGCCAUUAUUUCACAACUUCCAAUUUAG